CGAUGUUUACAUCGCCCAUAUCUCACACUCUCCCUCGUCUUCUCCGCCCUCUUUCUCCCCCCCCUAUAUUUCUUCUCCGCUUUUUUCCUGAUUCCUCAUUUCAUUUCUCCCCCAAUCCUCACAAUGUCUUCAUCACUUCUUCAAUCAACUAGGGUUUCCGUUUCCCUCUCAUUCUCCUCAUCAAUCUCCCCUCUUCGAUUCUCCAAAUCCCCUCCAUCAUUCAUCACAUUCUCUCGCCGUUCCAAACACUCAAUCCACGCCAAAAUCAGAGAAAUCUUCAUGCCUGCACUCAGUUCCACCAUGACUGAAGGCAAAAUCGUCUCCUGGAUCAAAUCAGAAGGCGAUCUUCUCUCCAAAGGCGAAUCCGUUGUCGUCGUUGAAUCCGAUAAAGCCGAUAUGGAUGUCGAAACCUUUUACGACGGUAUUUUAGCUGCUAUUGUUGUUCCUGAUGGUCAAUCCGCCCCUGUUGGUGCCCCCAUUGGUUUAUUAGCUGAAACCGAAGCCGAUGUUCAAGAAGCCAAAGCCCGAGCCGCUUCCGUCACUAGCGGCUCACCGGCUCCAGCUUCCGAAACUCCUGUUCCUGAAAUUUCGGCCCCUGUUGCGGCCACGGCGACACCUUCGCCGCCACCUGCAGCAGCAACAGAGGGGACGAAAAAAAUAGUUUCUACGCCUUUUGCGAAGAAACUGGCAAAACAACAUAAAGUUGAUAUAAAUAAAGUAAUUGGGACCGGGCCGUUUGGCAGGAUUACGCCUGCUGACGUGGAGGCUGCUGCUGGGAUUGAAACUGCAAAACCUGUUACUGUGUCGGCAGGUGGAUCUGCAAAUGCUGCAGCUAAGUCUGCAGCACCCGCGCAGACGUUUGCAGAGAUACCUGGAGCGAGUGUUGUUCCGUUUACGACAAUGCAGGCUGCUGUGUCGAAAAAUAUGAUUGAGAGUUUGUCUGUUCCUACGUUUCGUGUUGGUUACCCGAUUAUUACUGAUGCCCUUGAUGCUUUAUAUGCUAAGGUUAAAUCGAAGGGUGUUACAAUGACUGCUUUGCUAGCUAAGGCUGCAGCCAUGGCCCUUGUUCAGCACCCUGUGGUGAAUGCUAGCUGUAAAGACGGUAAAAGCUUUACUUAUAACGGCAGCAUUAAUAUUGCGGUGGCUGUGGCAAUCAAUGGCGGUUUAAUCACCCCUGUUCUCCAAGAUGCUGAUAAGUUGGAUCUUUAUUUGUUAUCUGAGAAAUGGAAGGAGCUUGUGGAGAAAGCACGGUCCAAACAACUUGCACCCCAUGAGUACAAUUCAGGGACUUUUACUCUGUCCAACCUAGGCAUGUUUGGAGUCGAUCGCUUUGAUGCUAUUCUUCCUCCUGGCCAGGGGGCUAUUAUGGCUGUUGGAGCUUCUAAGCCUACUCCUGUUGCUGAUAAAGACGGAUAUUUCAGUGUGAAAAAUCAAAUGACUGUAAAUGUUACUGCUGAUCACCGAAUUGUAUAUGGAGCAGACUUAGCUGCCUUCCUUAAAACCUUUGCAAAGAUCAUUCAAGAACCUGACAGCUUGACAAUGUGAGAUGUUCCAACUUGUACGUUACAAUUAUAUGAUAGAUCAUCUUGAUCAAUGGUUGGUGCAGCUAAGAAACUUGGUUUGCGGCAGUAGCACUUUUUGGUUUCGAGCAUAUGCAAUAUACCAUGUUGGACUUCCAUUCUUAUUUCUUAUUUUUCAUUUUGCGGAUAUUUUUAGGUGAUUUUUGAACAGGAUCAAUAAAGACUUUCACCAAAAGAAAAAUUAUUGCUGUAUGACUUUUUGUCCAGUGGUUAAGAGCUUUUCUUAUUUUCCUUUGUGGUA